UCCCCUUUUUGACGACUUGAUAAAGCCGAGUCGAGCCCGGUGACAACUCGAACGCAACCUAAACUCACUAUUUCGACCGUCCUGUCCUUCUUUUCUAUACUGUCAGUACCGUUAUUUCCGCCACUCUUUAACAACGUCACGAUGAUUUUGCCCCAUGCGGCUGUCCGCUCUCUUCAAGCACUUUCGCUCAACGCGCCCCGUCAAACUCAACCCCCCCAAUCGUCUUCUAUCCAGUGCCCGAUCGUCCUCGAUGGACGGAUCCCCCAGAAUUUCACCCUGCAGGUCUUCGACACCAACGAGAGCCCCUUCAACCCGGGCUUCACAAAGGGGCCCGCGCCGUGGUCCGAGAUCCUCCUGUUCCCCGCGGGCGUGACCCCGUCGCGCUUCGACGUCGUCUCCGAGUCGACGGCGACCAGCUUCAAGCCGCUCGAGGUCACCAUCAACGACAAGUCCAUCUUCGACCCGAGCGGCAACAACCCGCAGCUCGGGUUCCGCCGAGCCGGGCUGCUUCUCGGCAACGGGUCCGACGCGUCGAACCAGGGCGUCAUGACGUUCCACUGGAGCUCCCGGCAGGACCCUGCGCGCAAGCUGAACCUGACGCACGAGUACCUCACCUCGUUCCACGAGACGAACGACUCGGGCGGCGCGCAGUUCUCUCUGCAGAUCGGCACCCCCCUAGGCCAGGACGGCGCGGCGGGCAAGCCGGCCGCGAGCGACUGGAAGAUGCUGGACCGGAACAACACCGUCGUCUUCUCGACCCCGCUCAAGUUUGACGCCUGGCAGAACUUUGCCGUGACGCUCGAUGUCCCAAAGAACACGAUGCAAGUGUACUUCUCUGAAGGCAACGAUCCGCUGAAGCCGGUCACGGAGGUUCUUCCGAACGAUAACUCGGGCGGCGGCGCCCUGCAGAUCGGCCUUCUCAAGAAGCCCACCGAGACGAAGACGGUCGUCUUUGACGGGUUCCAGGAGAGCAACAUAGACGAAGGACAGAUCCUGGGGAGCAUUUUCGUCGAGGACAGCGCGAAUGGUUGCGUGUCUCUCUGAAUUCUCCCUUCGGAAGUUGAUUUGAAAUGGGCUUUGAGAAAAAGAAUAAGACACUGCUAGGCCAUAUGCAGGAGAACGGGCCCCAAGGAUCGAAUGUUUCGACAUCGACCUUGGGCAAGGCUAGCCUGUCUUGUCUCUUUUUUGCGUUUCUUUUUCCAGGGAGUAAACGGUCUUGAAGUCACGUACUGCCCCUUUACCAACCCAUGGCUUCGGAAACUUUUCACGGCGAGUGGAACAGAAAAAGCAAAUUUCUCAAAUUGCGAAACAGAUACAUUGUUUACCCCGUGUACCUCCAUGGACGGCAUGGUGCCACGAGCGGUUGUUUGAUGUAAAGUGCCUCGUAAGCAGGGAGAUCACCCCCUGAAAGCGCGUCAGAAGCUCAAGGGAGCAGGAGAAGACACAGCGCGUAACAUGUCACAGACAAAGUAGCAAGGGCUAUGUUGGUUCAAGACUGAGUCACUUGGAAAGAUGGAAAUAGCAAUCGGGCAACGUGCGUCAACAAGACAUUUUGUAUUCUCGCUCUGCAAGCCCAAAACUCCUUAGCUGUCUCAAAUUUCAAUCCACCCC